AUGUGGGAACUGGGCACAGGUGUUCACGGCAGCGAGGAGAUGGCCCUGUUAGGCAGGACCCGGCCAGAGGGAGAUGUGCACCCCGGGAUGGGUCCCUGCUCAGCGUUCGGGCUGGGACAGGACGUGCACGUGCUCACCUGUAACCGAGGCGGCUGUGGCUUCACACGCAGGUGUGUUCCUAAAAACGAGGUGAAAUACGACAGGAACAACAACGAAGAGGACGAGGGGGAGCAGUUCGAUUUCGACAGCGGAGAUGAGAUUCCAGAAGCGGAUCGGCCAGCCGCGGGCGCCCCGGCCGGUGGGGGGGGCGCGGAUGCCGCGUCUGGCUCAGGAGGUGAAAUCGGGAGGGGAACGGACGCGGAGGCCCCGGUGGAAGGCCCGACGCUUGAGGUCCCGACACGGGUGAACCCCUACUCCGUCAUCGACAUCACGCCCUUCCAGGAGGAGCAGCCCCCGCCCGCCGACCCGGAUGCCGAGGAGGAGAGCGCCAGCCCGCCGGUGCCCAGCGGGUACUCGGUGCCCGUGCCCUGCGGCUACGCUGUGCCCUGCAACCUCCCGCUGCUCGUGCCGGCCUACUCCAGCCCCGUCGUCAUCCGCGCCGCGUCCCUGGAAGAGGAAGAGACACAGGAAGUAGCAGAAGACAGCCCAUUUAAUUCUUUAAGUUCUGAGGAUCCAGCAAACAGUGACGAGCGAGCGCCUAAGGAGGACAGUGCCCUCGCCCGGUGGGCGGCGGACCCGGCCAACACCGCGUGGAUGGAGAAUCCAGAAGAAGCCAUUUAUGACGACGUGCCAAGAGAAAAUUCAGACUCUGAACCAGAUGAAAUGAUUUAUGACGAUGUCGAGAAUGGAGAUGAAGGUGGAAACAGCUCUUUGGAAUACGGAUGGAGCUCCAGUGAAUUUGAGAGUUACGAGGAGCAGAGUGACUCCGAGUGCAAGAAUGGGGUCCCCAGGUCCUUCCUGCGCAGCAACCACAGGAAGCAACUUUCCCAUGACCUAACCCGUCUCAAGGAGCACUAUGAGAGAACGAUGAGAGCUUUGAUGGCAAGCACGGUGGCAGCCACAGAGAUUCAGCAACUAAAGCAGAAACAUGAACUGAAGAUGCAGAAACUGAUGAAGGCUGCGAAGGAGGGCACUAAAGACGGGCUUGAGAAGACCAAGGCUGCCGUGAAGAGAGGCCGCUCUCUCAUUAGGACCAAGUCCUUCAUGGCUCCAGAUCACAGAUCUUGUCUCGAAGAGGAGCAGAAUCUGUUUAUCGACGUGGACUGCAGGCACCCGGAGGCCAUCCUGACGCCGAUGCCCGAGGGUCUGUCUCAGCAGCAGGUGGUAAGAAGAUACAUCCUGGGUUCAGUUGUGGACAGUGAGAAGAAUUACGUGGAUGCUCUCAAGAGGAUUCUGGAGCGCUACGAGAAGCCACUGUCGGAGAUGGAACCGAAGAUCCUGAGUGAGAGGAAGCUGAAGACGGUGUUCUACCGGGUCAAAGAGCUGCUGCAGUGCCACGGCAUGUUCCAGAUCGCGCUGGCCAGCCGCGUGGCCGAGUGGGACUCCGUGGAGACCAUCGGGGACGUCUUCGUGGCUUCGUUUUCCAAAUCCAUGGUGCUGGACGCCUACAGUGAGUAUGUGAAUAAUUUCAGCACAGCCGUGGCAAUCCUCAAGAAAACGUGUGCCACGAAACCUGCUUUCCUUGAGUUUCUAAAGCAGUGCCAGGAAAGCAGCCCCGACCGCAUCACACUCUACAGCCUGAUGAUGAAGCCCAUACAGAGGUUCCCGCAGUUCAUCCUCCUGCUGCAGGACAUGCUGAAGAACACGUCCAAAGGGCACCCUGACCGGCUGCCCCUUCAGAUGGCGCUGACGGAGCUGGAGACGUUGGCGGAGAAGCUCAACGAGAGGAAGAGGGACGCUGACCAGCGCUGUGAGAUCAAGCACGUGGCCAAAGCCAUAAACGAGCGAUACCUGAACAAGCUUCUCAGCAGUGGGAAUCGGUACCUCGUGCGGUCUGACGAUAUGAUCGAAACCGUGUACAACGACAGAGGGGAGAUCAUGAAAACCAAGGAGCGUCGGAUCUUCAUGCUGAGUGAUGUGUUGGUGUGUGCCACGGUCAGCACACGCACCUCGGACAGCAGCACGAUGUCCACCAGCCAAAGGUAUUUGUUAAAGUGGAGUGUUCCUCUCGGACACGUAGAAGUAAUAGAGUACGGCAAUAAUGAAGGUGCUGGAGAAAACAGGUGUCCCCCAGUGUACCCACCUGAGAGCCUGGCGGUCGUUGCCAACGCUAAGCCAAACCAGGUGUACGUGGGGCCGGGACAGCUGUACCAGGAUCUGCAGAACCUCCUACAUGACCUGAACGUCAUCGGUCAGAUUUCUCAGCUGAUCGGUAACCUCAAGGGGAACUAUCAGAACCUAAACCAGUCAGUAGCCCACGACUGGACGUCAGGUUUACAAAGGCUCAUCUUGAAGAAAGAAGAGGAGAUCAGGGCUGCGGACUGCUGCAGACUCCAGUUACAGCUUCCCGGGAAGCAGGACAAGUCCGGGCGGCCCACGUUCUUCACGGCUGUGUUCAAUACGUUCACGCCUGCCAUCAAAGAGUCCUGGACCAACAACUUGAAGAUGGCCAAGCUCGCCCUGGCUAGUUUGGGUCGAGGGGCUGUUUUGUUCAUGGUCCUGUGCUGCCUGUUGAGGCACCACAACGGGUGUCUUCGGGGACAUGUGGAUGUGUCCUCCCGUGAGAAACAAAUCGAAUGUGCCGCCUACAAUCCUGAGCCCUGUGUGAAUAAUGAGGUUCAGCCGGAUUCGUCGUCCACGGCGCACGGUUUUCUGUGGAUGACAGGGCGUAUGAGACACCUGGGCGCCGGGCACCUUGCUGAGCUGAUCGAUCACCUCGUCAUGCCUCACACUGUCACAGCCACCUCGCGGGCCGUUUGUGCGGGACACGCGCCAGGUGGCCGGGCUGGGGUCGUUCACACUCCGGGCUCUGCCACCGUGCUGAGUUGCCUCGUGGAAAUGGUGCUCGUGGAACUCUGGACGCCCAGCACCAAGUAUGGAUCCUGGAGUCCCGAACCUCAGACAGUGAUAAAACUAGGCGUGCUACCAGUUAGAAGUCUCGUAAUGACGGAGGACACGUUAUGGGCAGCUUCGGGAGGUCAAGUUUUUACGAUCAGCGCCGAGACCCACACAAUAGAGAAUCAGCUGGACGCCCACCAGGAAGAAGGCAUGGUGGUCUCUCACAUGGUCGUCGCUGGCGUGGGGAUCUGGAUCGCCUUCACCUCUGGGUCCACGCUCCGCCUCUUCCACACGGAGACGCUCAAGCAUCUGCAGGACAUCAACAUAGCCACGCCUGUGCACCAUAUGCUGCCAGGGCACCAGCGCCUGUCAGUGACCAGCCUGCUCGUCUGCCAUGGCCUGCUCAUGGUCGGCACCAGCCUGGGCUUCGUGGUGGCCCUGCCCGUGCCUCGUCUGCAGGGGAUCCCCAAAGUGACCGAUCACAAGCCUGAAAAGGCUUGUGUGUCUGGAUUCAGGAUUUUCCAGUUCAGAAAUCUGCCUUGCAUGUUGCCGAGCAGAGGGCGGCGGGUCAGGAGGGCGAAAGCCAGCUCGGUGCUGGUGGUGUGUGGGGGCCAGGGCCACCGGCGGGUGAGCAGGAAGGCCCGGCCGCAGCGCCCCGAGGAGCUGGCCGCCUCCAUCAUGGUCUGGCAGAUCCCCCUGCUGAACGCGUGA